UUUGUGCGUCUGGACGGCACUGAGCCAGAAGAGGCGGGCUCAAGAGAUCCUGGAGUUCCAGAGCAAUACACCCGGCAGCUCAUUGAUCAUGCUGCUGUCAUUCAAAGACGGAGGGGUGGAGCAUUCUACAAUUGUGUUUGUGGGAAUAAAGUUUGACAAACCUGAAAGAAAGAAAAUCACCAGGGACCUCACAGGGACCUCACAAUACGAUAUGUUUUGUAUGUUGUGAGGUCCCGUGUGGCUCAGUUGGUAGAGCAUGGCGCUUGCAACGCCAGGGUUGUGGGUUCAAUUCCUACGGGGGGACCAGGGUUCAAUUCCCACGGGGAGACCUGGUUGAAUAUGUAUGAACUUUCCAAUUUGUAAGUCGCUCUGGAUAAGAGCGUCUGCUAAAUGACUUAAAUGUAAAUGUAAUGUAUCACCAGGGACCUCACAAUACGAUAUGUAUUGUAUCACCAGGGACAUCACAAUACGAUAUGUAUUGUAUCACCAGGGACCUCACAAUACGAUAUGUAUUGUAUCACCAGGGACCUCACAAUACGAUAUGUAUUGAAUCACCAGGGACCUCACAAUACGAUAUGUAUUGAAUCACCAGGGACAUCAUAAUAUGAUAUGUAUUGAGUCACCAGGGACCUGACAAUACGACAUCACGAUACUUAGGUGCCGAUACGAUAUGUAUUGCGAUUCUCACGAUUCUAUAUGUACUGCGAUUUUGAUGGUGCGAUUCGAUGUUCCAAACAUUUAGCUCACUAUAUGUGUGGUGCAGAGGGACGAGAGAGACCCACGAGGAAACAAGUUAUGAGCAGUCAUGGAAAUGCAAGAAAUAUCUCACAAUAAAAAUGCCUCUUUCAUUAUUUCUUUCUGGCUUUCAUUAUUGUCAUGUUGCCAAGCUAUAAUUUGUACAUUGUAUUGUCAGAAAUGUAAAGUGUAGAAAAAGAGGCCUGUGAAGAGGGGUGGGUUCUUUUAGGAUCCAGAUUAGACAGAGAUGCUUGUUAAUGUCCAACUGGUUUAGUCAUGAUGAUAACACUGACAUAUCAUGACAACCCUCCAUCUCAAGAACUACAGCACAGGAUAGUCCAAAACGCCAUUCUGUUUGGGUUGUAGGUUGUAGUUAGUCAGAUGAAUAUUUCACAUUAAAAUGGCCUCUUUCAUCAUUUCAUUCUGUCAUUUCAUUCUGUCUUUCAUUUUUGUCCUGUUGUCCACAUGGGAAACCAUCAGACCAGGCUAAACAUUUUGUCUGGAUUUUGAGAGUCCAUCUAGGAUCAUUACCUGUACUGCAUGUAAUAUCUGUGGUUUGGCAUUGUUUAGCUUGAGCUGAAUAGGCAAUAUAUAUUAUUUACAGUGGUGUAAAGUACUUAAGUAAAAAUAUGUUAAAGUACUACUUAAGUCAUUUUUUGGGGUAUCUGUACUUCACUUUAAUAUUUAUAUUAUUGACAACUUUUACUUUUACUUCACUAUUUUUGUAAAGAAAAUAAUGUACUUUUUACUCCAUACAUUUUCCCUGACACCUAAAACUACUAGUUACAUUUGAAUGCUUAGUGUAACAGGGUUGGUUAUGUUUCCACUUGCCUCUAAAGAAAUGUGUAUUUGAUGUUCAAGCAUUCUUAUUGGUUAGUUCAAUUCUGAUGACAAUAAGGGGUGUUGUGAUUGGCCCCACUUGCAGAUAGGGGGAGAUCGCGAACGUCAGGUCUUCCCAGUAUGAAAAUGUGAUGCAAGGGAUUUUGUCAUCGACAGCCAUCAACACUGUUAAGCCCUGCACAACUAACGUGCUGUUUCCCAUUUACCAACAGGUAUUUAUACAUGUUAUAUUUUGUAUUGUAUUUUUGUAUUUUGUUCGCCCAGUAUGAAAAUGUGAUGCAAGGGAUUUUGUCAUCGACAGCCAUCAACACUGUUAAGCCCUGCACAACUAACGUGCUGUUUCCCAUUUAACAACAGCAGAAAUAAAUGAUGCUCAACUGGGACCACUGGCCGAAGUUAUUUAUUAUUAUAAAACACAACGCAUGGAGAGUACACUAUACAUCUGUUACAUUAGCAGGACAGGAGAAUAGUCCACUCGGGCACUUAUCAAGAUGUCAUCCCUACUGCCUCUGAUCUGGCGGACUCAGUAAAUGCAAAUGCUUUGCUUGUACAUUAUGUCUGUGUCACGCCCUGAUCUGUUUCACCUGUUCCUGUGAUUGUCUGCACUCCCUCCAGGUGUCGCUUAUUUCCCCCAGUGUAUUUAUCCCUGUGUUUCCUGUCUCUCUGUGCCAGUUCGUCUUGUAUGUUUAGUCAAGUCAAUCAUUGUGGUUUUUUCCUGUACUCUUUUGCGAUUCUCCUUUUUCUUGUCCUCCCGGUUUUGACCUUAGCCUGUUUCUGGACUCUGUACCCGCCUGCCUAUAAAGGAUUCUGCCUGCCUUGAUCAUGAGCCUGUCUGCCACUCUGUACCUGCCUGCCUGACGAUUCUGCCUGCCUUGAUCAUGAGCCUGUCUGCCACUCUGUACCUGCCUGCCUGACGAUUCUGCCUGCCUUGAUCAUGAGCCUGUCUGCCACUCUGUACCUGCCUGCCUGACGAUUCUGCCUGCCUUGAUCAUGAGCCUGUCUGCCACUCUGUACCUGUACCUCCUAUUCUGGUUUUGACCUUUUUGCCUGUCCACGACCAUUCUCUUGCCUACCCCUUUGGAUUAUUAAACAUUGUAAGAGUCCAACCAUCUGCCUCCUGUGUCUGAAUCUGGGUCUCGCCUUGUGCAUUGACAGUCUGAGUGUUGGAGUGUGCCCCUGGCUAUAUGUACAUUUAAAAAAAACAAGACAAUUGUGCAGUCUGGUUUGCUUAAUUUAGGGAAUUUGAAAUUCUUUUUACUUUAACUUUUGAUACUUAAGUAUAUUUUAGCAAGUACAUUCACUUUUGAUACUUAAAUAUAUUUAAAACCAAAUACUUUUAGACUUUUACUCAUGUAGGAUUUUACUGGCUGAUUUUCAAUUUGCUUGAGUCAUUUUCUAUUAUGGUAUCUUUAUUUUUACUCAAGUAUGACAAUUGGAUACUUGUUUUCACCACUGUGUAUCAUGAAUUGCAUUUCACUCUGAUUUAAAAAAAAAACAAAACGAAUUGAAUUGAAGGUGAUAUUUCACACCAGAGUUAGUCUUUCUGCGUGAUCCUUCCGACUGUAAAAUAGAUGUUCAUAAUUUAAUACCUACUGUAGAUAGAAAUGGUCUAUACCUCACCAUUCAACUGUACAACAAUAUGUACAUAGUGUUACAAUAAAAGUUUAUUUUUUCAGAUUAUUUGAAUGUGCUUUUUUUUAAAACACAUUAAUUUGACGCGUGUAUCUUUUUUUGACACGCCAACACGCAAACGGCGUUCCAUACAUUCUAUAAUAAAAUGGUGUUAUUUGAAAUUAAAAGCUUAUUUGACAUGUCAAAUAGUGUUAUUUGACGUGUAUAUGUUUUUUGACACUCAAAGACCCAAACGGCGUUCCAUAUCUUAUCUUGGUUUAGUUAUAAAAGUCUACAAUAUAUUUGAACGAAUUCGAAAGUGAAAGUAAACUGCGACAAAUAGUCACAGCACAUUUAUUGUUCGACGGUCUUGUCGGGGUAAGAUCAGGUCUAGUUAUUCACACAAGUGUGAUUGAGAUAUUAUAUGAUAAAGGAUUAUUAGCAUUAUUUUCUGAACUAAUAUUUCCCGACUUCAUUUGGACGUCGUGAUUUUUUCUGAGAUUUUACGCACGACAUGCCACCUUGCGUUAUUGAAAAAGACAGCUCCAGGGCCCUGUAUACAGUUAUGAGGUUGUUCAUAUUGGCAGCUUGGUGUGUGUCUCUCUCCACUGCCACUUCUGACAUGUUCACAUGUUCGGUACCCGAGGAUCCGGUCUCGGCGCGGUUGGGACAUGUUGCCACCAUGCCAUGCUGGCUCACCCCUUCCAUGAACGCAGAGGGCCUGGAGGUGCGUUGGUACCGGCCCAAAGAUUUCGACAACCCGGUCUUGCUCUACAGCGAGAGAAAGAUCCAGGAAGCCUCACAGCAGUCCCAAUACGUGGGCCGCACCUCCCUAGGGCUCCGGGAGGUUACGUCAGUAGGGCUGAAGGGAGGGGAUGUGACCUUGAAGCUGGUUAAUGUCACUCUGAGAGACCAAGGGGAGUAUGUGUGCUACGUCAGCAGUAACCAGGACUAUGAGACUGCCAGUGUCUUUCUCAACGUAACUGUGAUGGGCAGCCCUCCUCUCCUCUCAGCAGUCAGAACAGAUGCUGACUCUGUGAAUGUGAGCUGUGUUUCCCAUGGAUGGAAGCCAAGGCCCAGGCUACAGUGGUCAGAUGGGAGGCAGACUCUGAAACCUGAGAAGCUGGACUACAGCAGUGGUGCCCAUGGUCUGGUGUCUGCCCACAGCUGGGUCCUCUCUUCCCCCUCCAGUGCUCCCUGGGUAUCCUGUUCUCUGGUUCUGUCUGAAGGGGAGGAGUUGGAGGGAAGAGUGGACCUACGGAACCUUGGCUCUGUACCAGAGACUUCAUCAGGACUGCAAACAGCUGUCAUCAUUUUAGCUCUGCUUCUGUUUCUGCUCCUGUCCGUUGUCUUCGUCGGUGUGCUCUACAAAAAGAGAGAAAACAAAUCAACACAUGUGCCUAAUGGAGAUAUAGAGACUAUGAGACAAGCUGAAGAUUUAGUGGAUAUAGAGACUAUGAGACAAGCUGGAGUGGAUGUCACAUUGGAUCCCAAGACAGCUCCUCCUUAUCUGAAAGUUGGUUCAAAUGGUAAAGUUGUGAGAGACAGUUCAGAUAAUGUAUGUCCUCCGGGUGAGCAUGCUUAUAUACUUGGAACACAUGGUUUUACCUCGGGCAGCCGUGCUUACUGGGAGGUGGGACUGGAUAAGGAGAAGGUAGGCGUUAAAGAAUCCUGGUGGGUUGGACUGGCAAGUGGGUCUGUUAAAAGACAAGGUGAUGUACCAACCACACCUUCCAAUGGUUUCUGGUUCCUGUCCUCAGACAAAGAGAAAGGCUUACGGCUUAAUAUGACCCCCGAUGUAUCUAUGUCCAGCUAUGUACAGCUGUGUCGUGCCAAUCCUAGACCUCAGACACUAGGGGUGUAUUUGGACUAUGACCAAGGAGAACUCUCUUUUAUCAAUGUAAAAGACAAUAAACUGAUUGUCACCGUGGGAGCUAUGUUCACAGGGGAGGUGUUUCCUCUUUUUAACCCAGGUAAAGGUGACAAAGCCCCUAUGACGAUAUUAGAUGUCAGCCACUAUCAAACAGAACCUGUACAAGUGUCUAUUUCUGAAAGAGAGGGUAAUGUCUCUCCACCUGUUGAAGAGGCUGAGACUGAUGCCCUUCUAGCUACUAACCAAAGUCGCAAUCAUCAGACUUCUGAAUCCAAAGACUGUGUUCAAAUGUCUGUAACACAAUGAAAACUACAGCACUAUAUAUUAACACAUUGUUUUAUGUAUCAAGUGCACUUCAUAUUAGGGUGAGUACAGUAGUAUUCUGUGCUGGUCCAAUUCAUCAUCAUCUCCUUCCUCUUCUCCUUUGUCUGCAGUGCAAUUUGAUUUGAUUUGACUACCAUGGAAACAUAUGAUUGGUGAAAGCAGUGUAGUAGAUGGAUGGAUGGAUGGAUGUACUAGAUGAAUGGAUGUAGUGGAUGGAUGGAUGUAGUGGAUGGAUGGAUGUAGUGGAUGGAUGGAUGGAUGGAUGGAUGUAGUAGAUGAAUGGAUGUAGUGGAUGGAUGGAUGUAGUGGAUGGAUGGAUGGAUGGAUGGAUGGAUGUAGUAGAUGGAUGGAUGUAGUGGAUGGAUGGAUGUAGUAGAUGGAUGGAUGUAGUAGAUGGAUGGAUGUAGUGGAUGGAUGGAUGUAGUAGAUGGAUGGAUGUAGUGGAUGGAUGGAUGUAGUAGAUGGAUGGAUGUAGUGGAUGGAUGGAUGUAGUGGAUGGAUGGAUGUAGUGGAUGGAUGGAUGUAGUGGAUGGAUGGAUGUAGUGGAUGGAUGGAUGUAGUAGAUGGAUGGAUGUAGUGGAUGGAUGGAUGUAGUAGAUGGAUGGAUGUAGUGGAUGGAUGGAUGUAGUGGAUGGAUGGAUGUAGUGGAUGGAUGGAUGUAGUGGAUGGAUGGAUGUAGUAGAUGGAUGGAUGUAGUGGAUGGAUGGAUGUAGUGGAUGGAUGGAUGUAGUAGAUGGAUGGAUGUAGUGGAUGGAUGGAUGUAGUAGAUGGAUGGAUGUAGUGGAUGGAUGGAUGUAGUAGAUGGAUGGAUGUAGUGGAUGGAUGGAUGUAGUAGAUGGAUGGAUGUAGUGGAUGGAUGGAUGUAGUAGAUGGAUGGAUGGAUGUAGUAGAUGGAUGUAGUAGAUGGAUGGAUGUAAUGGAUGGAUGGAUGUAGUAGAUGGAUGGAUGGAUGGAUGUAGUGGAUGGAUGGAUGUAGUAGAUGGAUGGAUGUAGUAGAUGGAUGGAUGUAAUGGAUGGAUGGAUGUAGUAGAUGGAUGGAUGGAUGGAUGUAGUGGAUGGAUGGAUGUAGUAGAUGGAUGGAUGUAGUAGAUGGAUGGAUGGAUGGAUGGAUGGAUGUAGUAGAUGGAUGGAUGGAUGGAUGGAUGUAGUGGAUGGAUGGAUGUAGUGGAUGGAUGGAUGUAGUGGAUGGAUGGAUGUAGUGGAUGGAUGUAGUGGAUGGAUGGAUGUAGUAGAUGGAUGGAUGUAGUAAAUGGAUGGAUGGAUGUAGUAGAUGAAUGGAUGUAGUAGAUGGAUGUAGUGGAUGGAUGGAUGUAGUGGAUGGAUGUAGUAGAUGGAUGGAUGUAAUGGAUGGAUGGAUGUAGUAGAUGGAUGGAUGUAGUAAAUGGAUGGAUGGAUGUAGUAGAUGAAUGGAUGUAGUAGAUGGAUGUAGUAGAUGGAUGUAGUGGAUGGAUGGAUGUAGUAGAUGGAUGUAGUAGAUGGAUGUAGUGGAUGGAUGGAUGUAGUGGAUGUAAUGGAUGGAUGUAGUGGAUGGAUGGAUGUAGUGGAUGGAUGUAGUGGAUGGAUGGAUGUAGUAGAUGGAUGGAUGGAUGUAGUGGAUGUAGUGGAUGGAUGUAGUGGAUGGAUGGAUGGAUGGAUGUAGUAGAUGGAUGGAUGGAUGUAGUGGAUGGAUGGAUGGAUGUAGUGGAUGGAUGGAUGGAUGGAUGUAGUAGAUGGAUGGAUCGAUGUAGUGGAUGUAGUGGAUGGAUGGAUGUAGUGGAUGGAUGGAUGUAGUGGAUGGAUGGAUGUAGUAGAUGGAUGGAGUAGAUGGAUGGAUGGAUGUAGUAGAUGGAUGGAUGUAGUGGAUGGAUGGAUGUAGUAGAUGGAUGGAGUAGAUGGAUGGAUGGAUGUAGUAGAUGGAUGGAUGUAGUGGAUGGAUGGAUGUAGUGGAUGGAUGGAUGUAGUGGAUGUAGUGGAUGGAUGGAUGUAGUAGAUGGAUGUAGUAGAUGGAUGGAUGGAUGUAGUGGAUGUAGUGGAUGGAUGUAGUAGAUGGAUGUAGUAGAUGGAUGGAUGUAGUAGAUGGAUGGAUGGAUGUAGUAGAUGGAUGGAUGGAUGUAGUAGAUGGAUGGAUGGAUGGAUGUAGUGGAUGUAGUGGAUGGAUGUAGUGGAUGGAUGGAUGUAGUGGAUGGAUGUAGUGGAUGGAUGGAUGUAGUAGAUGGAUGUAGUGGAUGGAUGUAGUGGAUGUAGUGGAUGGAUGGAUGGAUGUAGUAGAUGGAUGUAGUGGAUGGAUGUAGUGGAUGUAGUGGAUGGAUGGAUGUAGUGGAUGUAGUGGAUGGAUGUAGUAGAUGGAUGUAGUAGAUGGAUGGAUGUAGUGGAUGGAUGGAUGUAGUGGAUGGAUGGAUGGAUGUAGUGGAUGGAUGUAGUGGAUGUAGUGGAUGGAUGUAGUAGAUGGAUGUAGUAGAUGGAUGGAUGUAGUGGAUGGAUGGAUGUAGUGGAUGGAUGGAUGGAUGUAGUGGAUGGAUGUAGUGGAUGGAUGGAUGUAGUGGAUGGAUGGAUGUAGUGGAUGGAUGGAUGGAUGUAGUGGAUGGAUGUAGUAGAUGGAUGUAGUAGAUGGAUGGAUGUAGUGGAUGGAUGGAUGGAUGUAGUGGAUGGAUGUAGUGGAUGGAUGGAUGUAGUGGAUGGAUGGAUGGAUGUAGUGGAUGGAUGGAUGGAUGGAUGGAUGUAGUAGAUGGAUGUAGUAGAUGGAUGUAGUAGAUGGAUGGAUGGAUAUAGUAGGUGGAUGGAUGGAUCGAUGUAGUAGAUGGAUGUAGUGGAUGUAGUAGAUGGAUGUCUACUUGGUGUUUGGUUUGACCAUCCUCUGUUUUUCACAGCAGUGCAGAGAACAGGAGACAGUUGAGAAGCUCCUUCAAUAGAGCCACUCUUAUUUCAUUUGAAACUGUAGUUUAUUCCCUGUUACAGUUUGUAAUAUAGAGCAAUGUACUGCUCACUAGAAAAUAUCAGAUUAUACUGUGUAUGUGCAUUUAAAAACAACACAAAUCCUACUUGGAAUGUUAAUUUUCAACAUCCAACUUGAAAACUUGGCCAUCUUUCUAGAGUUUCAUCUUUCUAGAGCUCCAUCUUUCUAGAGCUCCAUCUUUCUAGAGCUCCAUCUUUCUAGAGCUCCAUCUUUCCGACCUGAAGUUCACUGACUUCAUGAUUUGACCUCGUUUUUUUUCCCAAGUUCCCAGUUGUCUUGAAAGCAACAUGACCAUCACAUGCAGGCACCAUCAGUUCAGUAAAAUAAAAAAGCGAAUUAUUUAAAUGUAUGAUCAGCUGUGCGUCGCAAGUGCUACACCAACUGAUCUGUUUUAUUAAUCAAAGUUUGAGUUUUGAAAUAUAAUAUUGUCUGAGAAGAACAAUAUUGGCAGUCUAGGCCUAUAGCCAAUAUCCUGUGAUAAUGUAUUAGGCCUCCUGUAAAAAACCUAAUUCCUACAGAACAGUUUUUAUUAUUUGAAUGUAAAAAUAUCCAAAUCAUGUUUAAAAGAAAAAAUCUGAGCAGCUGAUCUCGGCAGGGAAUAUGGUUUCUGGUUGUGGGAGUCUCACCUGGCCCAAUGGGCAAACAGAAACAGUUUACGGGACUUCUUAGCCUGCGUUUACACAGGCAGCCCAAUUUUUAUAUAUUUUUUCACUAUUUGGUCUUUUGACCAAUCAGACCAGGUCUGAAAAGAUCUGAUGAGAAAAGAUCUGAUGUAAUUGGUCAAAAUACCAAUUAGUGGGAAAAAUAUGAAUUACUGAGGAUAAUAGCGGACAAUAUUGCCACUCCUAUUUACCAGCCUAUUUAUCUUAAUACCAUUUAUUGCAUCUUGCCUAUGCCGCUCGGUCAUUGUGUCACGUCCUGACCUUAGUUAUCUAUGUUUUCUGUAUUAUUUUGGUCAGGUCAGGGUGUGACGAGGGUGGGUAUGGGUGUGUUUUGUCUUGUCUAGGGUUUUUGUAGAUCUAUAGGGUUUUUGUAGAUCUAUGGGGUUUUUGUAAGUCUAGGUAAUUGUAAGUCUAUGGUGGCCUGAAUUGGUUCCCAAUCAGAGGCAGCUGUUUAUCGUUGUCUCUGAUUGGGGAUCCUAUUUAGGUUGCCAUUUUCCCUUUUGGUUUCGUGGGUUAUUGUCUGUGUACUUGCCUGUCAGCACUCGUAUUAUAUAGCUUCACGUUCGUUUUGUUAUUUUGUUUAGUUUGUUCAGUGUUCAUUCGUUUUAAUAAAUAGAAUGUACGCAUACCACGCUGCGCCUUGGUCUCCUCACUACGACGAACGCGACAGAAGAACCCACCAUAGAAGGACCAAGCAGCGUGUGAAUGAGGAGUGGACAUCAUGGACCCGGGAGAGAGAUGAGUGGAGGACAUCCUGGACCUGGGAGGAGGUAAUGGCAGGGGACAAGACCCUGCCAUGGAGGCAGGUAGAAACAGCGCAGGAGGAACGGCGACGAUAUGAGGGGACACGGUUAGCACGGAGGCCAGAGAGGCAGCCCCAAUAAAAAAAAUUGGUGGGGCACACGAGGAGAUUGGCUGAGUCAGGUUUGAGACCUGAGCCAACUCCUCGUGCUUACUGUGUGGAGCGUGUAACUGGUCAGGCACCAUGUUAUGCAGAGAUGCGCACAGUGUCUCCAGUUCGCAUUCUUAGCCCGGUGCGCUCUAUUCCAGCUCCUCGCAGUUGCCGGGCUAGAAUGGGCCUCCAGCCAGGACGGAUGGUGCCGGCUCAGGGCUCCUGGUCUCCAGUAUACCUCCUUGGACCAGGAUAUCCUGCGCCGGCUCUGCGUACUGUGUCUAAGGUGCGUCUGCAUAGCCCAGUGCGUCCUGUGUUAGCGCCCCGCACUUGCCGGGCUCAAGUGAGCAUCAGGCCAGGACGCAUUGUGUCAGCUCUACACUGCAGAUCUCCAGUGCGCCUCCACAGUUCAGUAUGUCCUGUUCCUCCUCCCCGCACUCGCCCUGAGGUGCGUGUCCUCAGCCUGGUACCACCAGUUACGGCACCACGCAUCAGGCUUCCAGUGCGCUUCCAGAGUCCAGAGCUUCCGGCGACAGUACCCAGUCCGGAGCUUCCGGCGACAGUACCCAGUCCGGAGCUUCCGGCGACAGUACCCAGUCCGGAGCUUCCGGCGACAGUACCCAGUCCGGAGCUUCCGGCGACAGUACCCAGUCCGGAGCUUCCGGCGACAGUACCCAGUCCGGAGCUUCUGGCGACAUUUCACAGUCCGGAACCUCUGGCGAAAUUUCACAGUCCGGAACCUCUGGCGACAUUUCACAGUCCGAAACCUCAGGCGACGGGCCACAGUCCGAAACCUCAGGCGACGGGCCACAGUCCGGAGCUUCCGGCGACAAUCCCCAGUCCGGAGCUUCCGGCGACAUUUCACAGUCCGGAACCUCCGGCGACGGGCCACAGUCCGGAACCUCCGGCGACGGGCCACAGUCCGGAGCUUCCGGCGACAUUUCACAGUCCGGAACCUCCGGCGACAUUUCACAGUCCGAAACCUCCGGCGACGAUCCCCAGUCCGGAGCUUCCGGCGACAUUUCACAGUCCGGAACCUCCGGCGACGGGCCACAGUCCGGAACCUCCGGCGACGAUCCACAGUCCGGAGCCUCCGGCGACGAUCCACAGUCCAGAGCCUCCGGCGAUGAGCCACGGUUCAGCUCUACAAAGGCGGAGGGACCAGUGUAAAGAUGGGGGGGCGGCGUCCAGAACGAGAGCCACCACCGAGGGUAGAUACCCACCCGGACCCUCCCCUAUAAGUUCAGGUUUGCGGGCGGGAGUCCGCACCUUUGGGGGGGGAGGGUACUGUCACGCCCUGACCUUAGUUAUCUAUGUUUUCUGUAUUAUUUUGGUCAGGUCAGGGUGUGAUGUGGGUGGGUAUGCGUGUUUUGUCUUGUCUAGGGUUUUUGUAGAUCUAUGUUUUUUUUUGUAAGUCUAGGUAACUGUAGGUCUAUGGUGGCCUGAAUUGGUUCCCAAUCAGAGGCAGCUGUUUAUCGUUGUCUCUGAUUGGGGAUCCUAUUUAGGUUGCCAUUUUCCCUUUUGGUUUCGUGGGUUCUUGUCUGUGUCUAGUUGCCUGUCAGCACUCGUAUUAUAUAGCUUCACGUUCGUUUUGUUAUUUUGUUUAGUUUGUUCAGUGUUCAUUCGUUUUAAUAAAUAGAAUGUACGCUGCGCCUUGGUCUCCUCACUACGACGAACGUGACACAUUGCUCAUCCAUAUGUGUAUAUAUUCCUUUACUUAGAUUUGUGUGUAUUAGGUAGUUGUUGUGGAAUUGUUAGAUUAGUUGUUAGAUAUUACUGCAGUGUCGGAACUAGAUGGCCAAUAACAUUUGAUUUGUCUAAUUUCAGCCACACAGCCAAGACAAGCAUUCACUCAAUUGCAUUGCUUUUCAUAAAGCAAUAUAAUUUUCAAAAAGUGCGACUGAUAUCGAUAUAGCUUUUCCAUAUCGUUACCCAUCAGUUCUUUUACCUCUGUCUAUUUAUCUAUACAAACCAAGCUAAAACUGCACACCCCUGAGAACAACCCAUCUCGACCAGCUGACAGCUAAUUAUGCUAGCUAGCUAAUUCACGGGAGAGGAAAGGUGUGGGAGAGAGACAUCCGCACGAGCUCAGCAAUCCACAUCAAGAGACACGCAUGCAAUUAUUGAACGUUUGCUUUAUCUUGGCCAGAUCGCAGUUGUAAAUGAGAACUUGUUCUCAACUAGCCUACCUGGUUAAAUAAAGGUGAAAUAAAAAAUAUAUUAAAAAAUUAAGUGUUCACGCUGUGAGAAAUUUUACCACAUGUCACAAUCAAAUCAAAUUGUAUUUGUCACAUGCGCCGAAUACAACAGGUGUAAACCUUAUAGUGAAAUGCUUACUUACAAGCCCUUAACCAACAAAAUAUAAGUAACAAAAUAUAAGAAAUAUAAGUAACAAAUAAUUAAGAGCAGCAGUAAAUAACAAUAGCGAGGCUAUAUACAGGGGGUACCGGUACAGAGUCAAUGUGUGGGGCACUGGUUAGUCGAGGUAAUUGAGGUGAUAUAUACAUGUAGGUAGAGUUAUUAAAGUGACUUAUGCAUAGAUAAUAACAGAGAGUAGUAGGGCGUAGAAGCUGUUUAGAAGCCUCUUGAACCUAGACUUGGCGCUCCGGUACCGCUUGCCGUGAGACAAUAGUCUAUGACAAUUUUUAGGGCCUUUCUUUGACACUGCAUGGUAUAGAGGUCCUGGAUGGCAGGAAAGUUGACCCCAGUGAUGUACUGUGCCGUACGCACUACCCUCUGUAGUGCCUUGCGGUCGGAGGCCGAGCAGUUGCCUUACCAGGCAGUGAUGCAACCAAUCAGAAUGCCCUCGAUUGUGCAGCUGUAAAACCUUUUGAGGAUCUGAGUACCCAUGCCCAAUCUUUUUAGUCUCCUGAGGGGGAAUAGGUUUUGUCGUGCCCUCUUCACAACUGUCUUGGUGUGCUUGGACCAUGUUAGUUUGUUGGUGAUGUGGACACCAAGGAACUUGAAGCUCUCAACCUCCUCCACUACAGCCCCGUCAAUGAGAAUGGGGACGUGCUCAGUCCUCCUUUUCCUGUAGUGCACAAUCAUCUCCUUAGUCUUGAUCACGUUGAGGGAGAGAUUGUUGUACUAGCACCACACAGUCAGGUCUCUGACCUCCUCCCUAUAGGCUGUCUUGUCAUUGUUGGUGGUCAGGCCAACCACUGUUGUGUCAUCAGCAAACUUAAUGUUGGUGUUGGAGUCGUGCCUGGCCGUGCAGUCAUGUGUGAACAGGGAGUACAGGAGGGGACUGAGAAUACAAUCUGAACGCCCAGGGAACAUUUUCACGCUAGGAAUAUUUUUACACGACACCCAUCACUACUUAGGAUGUUUAAAUGUUUGAUAGCAUGUUUCCAAAUAUAUAUUUUGUGAUUUUUUUUCAGUAUUGACAUUAUUUCUAAUUCCAUGUAUUUGCUACAUUUGUAUAAUGUCAAGAAAAUGUAACGUGUCAGUUUAAGAAUGUGUUUCUCGUAAAAAUGUAUUUAUUACAUUUUUUUUUUUACAAUGGAUUAUUUUUCAGUAAUGUUGCGGUAAUGCUAAUGUUUUUCCUGCUGUAUCACAUUAAUGGGGAAAACACUUCAGAAGUUCCCUUGAAAAGGGGAGUAUAUUUAAUGCAACACAAUAAUACCAACUUAAUAAGCUGUCUAAUUUUCAUUGUUGAUUAGUAAUUAUGUACACUGUGCCAAUAUAAUAUUGUAAAUGACAAAAAAAAAUGGCAUCAUAAACAAAUUCAAGUAGGUAUGCCUUGUUUCAUAGUAGUUUGACUGAGACAGCGGUAGAGGUAGAGUGAGGUAGUCAGGCACACAUUGUGUCUGGAUAUCUUACAAGUGUAGAUGGAUCUGAACAGUGAAACCAUUUUAAACCAUAAUUAGAGAGUGUGGAUGAGAUUAAAAAAUUAUUGUUGUCUAUCAACAAUGACAAGCAACCGAGGUCUGACAACUUGGACGGAAAAUUACUGAAGAUAAUAGCGAACGAUAUUGUCAUAUCUUCAAUUUAAGCCUACUAGAGAGCGUGUGCCCUCAGGCUUGGAGGGAAGCAAAAGUCAUUCCGCUACCUAAGAAUAGUAAAGCCCCCUUUACUGGCUCAAAUAGCCGACCAAUCAGCCUGUUACCAAACCUUGGUAAAGUUUUGGGAAAAAUUGUGUUUGACCAGAUACAAUGCUAUUUCACAGUAAACAAAUUGACAACCGACUUUCAGCAUGCUUAUAGAGAAGGACAUUCAACAAGCACAGCACAGCACAAAUGAAUGAUUGGCUAAGAGAAAUUGAUGAUGCUGUUUAUGACAUUAUCGAUCGUAGUCCGCUGAUGGAAAAACGUAUGUGUUAUGGCUUUACAUCCCCUGCUAUAAUGUGGAUAAAAAGUUACCUGUCCAACAAAACACAGAGGGUGUUCUUUAAUGGAAGCCUCUCCAACAUAAUCCAAGUAGAGCCAGGAGUUCCCCAGGGCAGCUGUCUAGGCCACUUACUUGUUUCCAAUCUUUACUAAGGACAUGCCACUGGCUUUGAGUAAAGCCAGCCUGUCUAUGUAUGCGGAUGACUCAACACUAUACACGUCAGCUACUACAGCACAGCAACUGAAAUGACUGCAACACUUAACAAAGAGCUGCAGUUAGUUUCAGAGUGGGUGGCAAGGAAUAAAUUAGUCCUAAAUAUUUCAAAUCAUUCACUAAACCUCAACUAAAUCUUGUAGUAAAUAAUGUGGAAAUUGAGCAAGUUGAGGUGACUAAACUGCUUGGAAUAACCCUGGAUUGUAAACUGUCACAGUCAAAACAUAUUGAUACAACAGUAGCUAAGAUGGGGGAGAAGUCUGUCCAUAAUAAAGAGCUGCUCUAUCUUAACAGCACUAUCAACAAGUCUCUAGUUUUGUCGCAGGAUGAACCAGACUUGUGGAGGUCUACAAUGUUUUUUCUGAGGUCUUGCUGAUUUCUUUAGAUUUUCCCAUGAUGUCAAGCGAAGAGGCACUGAGUUUGAAGGUAGGCCUUGAAAUACAUCCACAGGUACACCUCCAAUUGACUCAAAUGAUGUCAAUUAGCCUAUCAGAAGCUUCUAAAGCCAUGACAUAAUUUUCUGGAAUUUUCCAAGCUGGUUAAAGGCACAUUCAACUUAGUGUAUGUAAACUUCUGACCGACUGGAAUUGUGAUACAGUGAAUUAUAAGUGAAAUAAUCUGUCUGUAAACAAUUGUUGGAACAAUUAUUUGUGUCAUGCACAAAUGUUACGCCCUGACCGUAGAGAGCUUUUUAUGUCUCUAUUUUGGUUUGGUCAGGGUGUAAUUUGGGUGGGCAUUCUAUGUUUUAUUUUCUAUGUUUUGGCCGGGUAUGGUUCUCAAUCAGAGGCAGCUGUCUAUCGUUGUCUCUGAUUGAGAACCAUACUUAGGUAGCUUUUUCCCACAUGGUUUUUGUGGGUAGUUGUUUUCUGUUUUGUGUUGUUGCACCAGACAGAACUGUUUUCGUGGUCUAAUUUUGGUUAUUUUGUCUCUGUUUUAAUAAAAAAAGCAUGAACACUCA